AGAAAGGGAUAACUUUUUUUAAAAAUUGGACACACAACUAUCAAAAAAUAAAAGUACCCGGAUGUUCAAUCUGCCGUCAGGCGGUUACAAGUGUCGUGAACAACUAAGGAUUUAAAUAGGAGAGACCUCCGGGUAGAGCGAGAAGUGGGAGAGAGUGUGUGAGAGCGAGAGAGAGAGAGACAGAGAGAAAGCAGCUCAAGCUAUCGUGCAAACAUGUCUGAGCCCAUUAGAGUUCUGGUGACCGGUGCUGCCGGGCAAAUCGCCUAUUCCCUGUUGUUCAGCAUCGCCAAGGGAGAUGUGUUUGGCAAAGAUCAGCCGGUGGUCCUGAUCCUCUUGGACAUCACGCCCAUGUUGCCGGUCCUGGACGGCGUCGUGAUGGAGCUGCAGGACUGUGCUCUCCCACUUCUGAGAGAGAUCGUCCCCACCGACAAGGAGGACGUGGCCUUCAACGACCUGGACGCGGCCAUCUUGGUGGGCUCCAUGCCCAGGAGGGAGGGCAUGGAGAGGAAGGACCUGCUCAAGGCCAACGUGGCCAUCUUCAAGAGUCAGGGUACCGCUCUGGAGAAGUACGCCAAGAAGACCGUCAAGGUGCUGGUUGUAGGAAACCCUGCCAACACCAACUGUCUGAUUGCAGCCAAGUCUGCUCCCUCCAUCCCCAAAGAGAACUUCUCCUGCCUCACCCGUCUGGACCACAACAGGGCUCGCUCUCAGGUGGCGAUGCGCUGCGGCGUCCCUGCCACCCACGUGAGGAACGUGAUCAUCUGGGGGAACCACUCGUCCACCCAGUACCCCGACGUGCACCACUGCCUGGUCAACAUGUCCGGCAGCGAGCUCGCCUGCUUUGAGGCGGUGAAGGACGACGCUUGGCUUAAAGGAGACUUCAUCGCUACGGUGCAGCAGAGAGGUGCUGCAGUCAUCAAGGCCAGGAAGCUGUCCAGUGCCAUGUCUGCAGCCAAGGCCAUCUGUGACCACAUGAGAGACAUCUGGUCGGGCACCCCCGAGGGCGAGUUCAUCUCCAUGGGUGUUUACUCCUCUGGUAACUCCUAUGGAGUCCCAGAAGACCUCAUCUACUCAUUCCCCGUCCAGAUCAAGGACAAGACCUGCAGGAUUGUGGGUGGCCUGGCCAUCAACGACUUCUCCCAAUCAAAGAUGGACGCCACGGCGGCGGAGCUGAUAGAGGAGAGAGACACAGCGGUGUCUUUCCUGGGAGCAUGACUAGACCCCGAGAGGCCACCCAACCAACACUCAGACGGAGGACGCAAAACUCCAGACGCACGCUUGUGAUAAAGCACUCCACGUGUGUGUGUGUGUGUGUGUGUGUGAGAGAGUGUGUGUGUGAGUGUGAGUGAGAGAGAGAGUCAGUGUUUGAGUGUAAAGCUAGAUUUAUAACUCCACCCUUAAGUGUACAGUACAAACUGAAAGUCCACCUAACUUGUUACCAAUACUCUUCUUUUCUCUGCGGGUGAGUGAAACAUGAAUGGUUGUUACAUAUAAAUAGUCUACGAUGCACUGAGUCCUCAAAACACUGGAAUGGAUCACUUUUAAAAGCUGAACAAUAAAACAUUUAACAGUU